UCGGUCCGGUCGGGGCAGUUCGGGAGGGAAAAAAAUUUUUAAAAAAUCGCGUUCCCAAAAUCCCUCCCCGCAGCAUGGAAAAAGAAGACGAUCCCUGCUCCAGCAGCUCGGCAGCUCCGUGCAGCACGCAGGGCUUGAAGGAGGAAUUGCUGUGCCCCAUCUGCUACGAGCCGUUCCGGGAAGCCGUGACCCUGCCGUGCGGCCACAACUUCUGCAGGAGCUGCAUCAGCCGCUCGUGGGAGAACCAGCGGCACGCGUGUCCCCUGUGCAAGGAGAGGUCCUCGCUGGAAGAUCUCCGCGUCAACCACACGCUCAAGAACCUGGUGGAGCUGGUGAUGAAGGAGGAAGGGCAGCGGCAGAGCCGCGGCGUGGCUCUGUGCCCGCUGCACCAGGAGGAGCCCAAGUUCUUCUGCCUGGAGGACAAGGAGCUGGCGUGCUUCGCCUGCCAGAGCUCCGAGCAGCACGAGGGGCACAAGAUGAGGCCGGUGCAGGAGGCGGCGGCGGAUUUUAGGGCCAAGCUGGCGAACAUGGAGUCAUCCCUGCGGGAUAAGGCCAAGGAUUUCGGGGCCGUGCGGCGAUCCUACGAAUCCAUCUCCCGGCACAACGAGGGAUGGAUCCAUGGAUGGAUGGAUGGAUGGAGGGAUGAAUGCAUGGGUGGAUCCACGGAGGGCUCCAAAGAGGGAUCCCUACCAAGCUGCGAACUUCCCAUAAAACAUUCCCCUUCCCGGCCAGUCCCCUUCAGCCUGGACCCCAACUCUGCCGCCGGCUGGCUCUCCGUGUCCGAGGACCUCUCCAGCGUCUCCAGCUGCGGCUACAAAGGCUCCGUGGAAAACCCGGAGCGCUUCACCUCCGCCCCCUGCAUCCUGGGAUCCCGCGGCUUCUCCGAAGGCUUCCACACCUGGGAGGUGGACCUGGGCGGGCUGACCAACUGGAGGGUGGGCGUGUCCCGGCCCCACAAAGGAUCCCACUGGAGUUUCCACCACGAUUCCCGCUCGGGCUUCUGGUACAUCUACCACCUCCACGGCAAGGACGAGUGCCGGGCGUCCAACGCCGUGCGCUCGCAGACGGCGCUGGGCAACAUCCGGCGGGUCCGGGUGGAGCUGGACUGCACCGAGGGGGAAUUGUCCUUCUACGACGCCGAGCUCCAGAGCCACAUCUACACCUUCCACGAGAAGUUCGGCGGCGUCGUCUUCCCCUAUUUCUACGUGGGGAGCUCCCAGGGGGACGCCAACACCAACACGCUCCGGAUCUGCCCGCUCCGGGUCCGCGUCCUUGAGGAUGUCCCCACCUAGGGCGCCUCCUGGUGGGGUUCUCCGGGUGUUUUUCCAGCUUUUCCAGGUGGGAAAAAGGAGGAUGA